AUGCAACAAAACAACAGCGUAACUGAGUUCAUACUGUUAGGAUUGACCCAAAAUCCCAUGAGACAGAAAAUGGUAUUUGUAAUCUUCUUCAUUUUUUAUGUGGGAACUGUGGUAGGGAAUUUGCUUAUUAUUGUGACCAUCAAGUACAGCCCUACACUUGGGAACCCCAUGUACUUUUUCCUAUUUUAUUUGUCCCUUACAGAUUCCUGCUUCUCAACAUCCAUAGCCCCUAGACUACUUGUCGAUUCACUCUCCGCAAAAAAAAUUAUAACAUACAAUGAGUGCAUGACUCAAGUCUUUGCCUUACAUUUAUUUGGCUGUAUGGAGAUCUUUGUGCUCAUCUUCAUGGCUGCUGAUCGUUAUGUGGCCAUCUGUAAGCCCUUACAUUAUCCAACCAUCAUGAGACGACAGGUCUGCACCAUCCUUAUUGUUCUUGCAUGGAUAGGGUCUUUUAUCCAUUCUAUAGCCCAGAUUAUCCUGGCCUUGAGACUGCCUUUCUGUGGACCCAAUUUGAUUGAUCAUUACUGCUGUGAUUUGCAACCCUUGCUGAAACUUGCUUGCAUGGACACCUAUAGGAUCAACCUACUGUUGGUGUCCAACAGUGGGGCCAUUUGCUCAAGCAGUUUUGUGAUUCUGAUAAUCUCAUAUAUUGUCAUCUUGCAUUCCUUGAGAAAUCACAGUGGAGAAGGGAGGAAAAAAGCUCUCUCAACUUGCACUUCUCACAUCAUAGUAGUAAUCUUAUCCUUUGGUCCAUGUAUAUUCAUAUAUACACGCCCCCCAACCACUUUCCCCAUGGACAAGAUGGUGACUGUAUUUUAUACUAUUGGGACCCCUUUUCUCAAUCCACUCAUCUACACCCUGAGGAAUGCAGAAGUGAAAAAUGCCAUGAGAAAGCUCUGGCAUAUAAAAAUUACCUCAGAAAGCAAAAGAUGA